AAAAAAUACAAAAACAUAAGCAAAAGUACAAACAAAGGAGACCCCUCUUCACUGAUUCAACUCAAACUUAUUGUGGUGGAGAUCCAUCCUCACCACCCUCUCACACUGCAAGACGCAUUGCAAUCCAAUUAUUUAUUACAUAUUGUCUCUUCUGUGUCCCAUCGGAGCUUCAUAUUCUCCCCUUUAUUCAUCCCUUCCCCUCAAAUCUCGCCGGAAAGUAUCAGUCUUUAAUGCAAAAUAUCUUCCUUUAGUCAAGUAUUAGUGCAUUACACCACCAUAUUGGAUAGCCAGUUUCUUUUAUAGCAUACACAGUACUUUCAUCACUUUACCAGUGUGGUAAUGUUAGCUAUUGUGUCACCACUAGGAACCAACACUGGUAGAGAUGGAAGAGAUCAGGGAUGUGAUCAUUCGGUUGGGUUUUCGGUCGGUAAUGAGUUCCCGGAUUUCUCGGAUGAUAAUUUGCUUGAAAGUAUUGAUUUUGAUGAUUUGUUUGUGGGGAUGGAUGAUCAAGAUAUGUUGCCGGAUUUGGAAAUGGACCCGGAGCUACUUACCGGAGAAUUCUCGCUUAGUGGUGGAGAAGAACCUUGUGAGUUAAAUAACAACAGUGUGACAUCGUUCUCUAGCGAUAAGAAAGAUGAAGAUUUGACAGCAAGUAAAGAAGCUCCGGCUACAAAUCUGGCUCCUAAACAAAAGGAAACCAAUGUUAGAGGGAUGAAAUCUUUGUCUGAUAAAUCCAAGAAUUCAUCUCAAGGGAAGAGAAAAGUUAAGGUGGACUGGACGCCGGAACUGCAUCGGAGAUUCGUGCAGGCGGUCGAGCAGUUGGGGGUGGAUAAGGCAGUCCCUUCAAGAAUUCUUGAGAUUAUGGGUAUUGGAUGUCUUACUCGCCAUAACAUUGCUAGCCAUCUUCAGAAAUAUAGAUCGCAUCGAAAACAUCUUCUUGCGAGGGAAGCAGAGGCAGCAAGUUGGAGCCACAGGCGUCAAAUGUAUGGUGGCACCGCCACCAAGUCAGUCGGAGGAGGUAGUGGCGCAUGUGGCAAGAGGCACAUGGGACCUUGGAUUGCACCACCACCAAGCAUGGGCUUCCCUUCAAUGACAUCAGUUUCUCAUUAUAGACCCUUACAUGUAUGGGGUCACCCCUCCGCGGAUCGACCUUUGAUGCCUGUAUGGCCAAAGCAUAUAGCCCACUCACCAUCACCACCACCACCACCACCAUCACCACAUGUCUGGCCACCAUCAACCUCUCCUCCACCACCUUGGCACACUCAUCACCAACGAGCACCAUACUUCCCACAAAUUUUACCACAAACGAGAUUUCCAAUUCCGCAUGUAGCGGUCCCUGGUAUCCCACCACCUCAUGCCAUGUACAAAAUAGACUCCGGCAUAGGUGUCACCGCUCCUUCCACCGGACAAUCCUGCCCCCGACCACCAUUUGACCUACAUCCGACGAAGGAGAGCAUUGAUGCAGCAAUUGGAGACAUAUUAUCAAAGCCAUGGCAGCCUCUUCCACUUGGACUAAAACCACCAGCACUUGAUAGUGUGAUGGGGGAAUUACAUCGGCAAGGGAUUCAAAAAAUACCACCAACAUGCAUUUGAAACCUCUCUAACUCAGUGCAGUGCAGUUACUUCCGGUGGUUGCUUCUGGGAAAAUUUUUGGUUCAGAGCAGAAGUUCAAUCCCCCUUCAAUUCGACGACGUUACCGCACUUGGAUGUGCGAGUUCAUGUUUAAUUUUUGUUACCUUUUGUUCUUGUUGCGUCUUAUCUUGAGUUCAGCCUUAGAAUUGUUCUUUUCAUGUACAACAACUGUUGCUGGAUAAACUAAAACGAUUGUCAAUAAAGUAUAAUUAACCUUCUUUGCUG